GAUUUCUAAGAAUCUCUCAUCAAGCAAAGUAACAUCCUCUAGAUACUACUUUUCCAAUAACCAUCAUCAUGCCAUCCAAAAAGAAACACUCAAAGCGUAAUCUACAAAAAUCCUCUCAAUCGACUUCAUCACCUCCUUUACCAUCAGAUCAUAAUUUCCCUUCUUUACCAUCUUCUACUGCUACUCCAGAACCAGCAGACGAUCGAGAUUCAGAUUCAAUCAAUACUAGUCUUACUUCCUCUCCUAUCAUUCCACAUUCAGCUCCUACUGCCCUUCCUAAUCAUAACAUGGAUCAAAGUUUCGCCGAAAAAGCUAAACAACCACCUAUAGAUCAGAUCGUCCGAAAAGAUGGUGUUCUCGAUCCUCCCUUGAACUACACACCUACACUUCACGAUCCAAAGGAAAAUCAUCAUCCUCAAUCGCCCAAGACCAAGCCUAAAACUCCUUCAGAUGGGGUUCGCGUUUUGAAGCUUAAUUCUACUUAUGAGAACGCAAAUCAAGAACAAGUUCACGAAGCAAACGAAGAGAAUGCGACUGAUACAAAAGAUUCGGAUCAAAAACCUCCUCAAAGCCACACUCAAAAGUCGAAGAAGAAGAAAAAAGCGCAUGUGGACACUGAUCAUAAAGUAGCCAGCUCGACUCAAGACGACUCUAAUACAAGACAGAAGAAGGCCUCUCGUGAAUCUAAACCCGAACAGGAAUCUAGCUCCAACCAAGAGGGCUCUAUUUCCUCUGAGCCAAACCAUGGAGCGGACUCCAGUUCCAUUCGAGACGCUGAACGAAGCCCAUCUGGCGGAGUUGUUCAAGACGACGAUACGAAAGGAUCGCAUCCGACUCCUCCUCAAAGUCGUCAGAAGAAGACAUCCUCCGUGCACGAUCCUCAGCAGCAUCCUCAAAGUGACUCCAAGGCUUUGGAAAAUCCUCAAACUGCCGAAAAUCUCUCGGCGGAAGAGACCAAGUCGAGACCACCUGACUCUCAUCAAUCUGCGCAUUCAUCCACGAAGCAACACUCGAAACACGAGGACCUGAGCACUACCUCCGAGUCACACGUUGAGCACGGAUUAACGGGAUCUUCAACUGGGGAUACGCCGAAACUUAGCCCGAGCUCUAUAAGUGAAGCACCAAGCUCAAUUCCAGAACUCUCGGAUCGCGAACCUGACAAUAGAGAUCCUCACAAAGGAACCACGCAAAAGUCUUCAACCAGCGAACAUCAAACGCCUACCGAAAAGACCGAAGGGUUUCAACACGCCGAGCGAUCCUGGCGUCAAUUAUCAGAAACAGCUCAUCGCAAAGUCAAGCCUGAUGAUCAGUCAGGAUCAAGAUCCGAUACAGGCUCGGACUCAAAACCAAGUCUUGUUUGGAUGUACUUGUCAUACUUUGAUCGAGAUGGAGAUGGGAUUUUUGAUCCCAACGAUAGUUUCAGUACUAUCCGUCAACUCGGAUUCAAUCCUAUCAGCGCCGGAUUGAUAACCUUCUGGGUUCACAUAUUGAUGUGGCCUUUUUUUGGAGUUGGGCGUGGUAGGUUUAUGAUACCUAUUGAAGUGGCUGGGUUUAGUGGGCUUGACUCAAAAAAAGAAAACCAACCUUUCUUUGAAGAUCAUGGUAAGAGUGAAUCUCGCUCUCACCACUCCGAUGAAGUUAUCAGUCCAUUGAGAGUCUUCAACCACCUUGGUGACCUGAAAGAUCCCAUCAGAUUCAUGAAAGUCGUAUUGGGAUGGAUGGUGGUUAUGAGUUUAACUUGGCGAUUUAACCUUUCUGUUCGUAAAGAAGAGAUUGAUGGAGUUUAUAAUGGAAACUUAUUUGAUUUAUUAUCUCAUCAACAAACUGUUUGAAAGUAGACAUCAUUUAUCAGAAGUUGAGUGUUUUUUUGAAUUGUAUACAGGUGAGAACGUAUCUUUAGUUUGUAGGAUAUGUAGUACAUUUUACAAAAACAAAAACAUAAUCUUAUCAGCUGCCCAAAGAAUCUAUUUAGUAUCUUUUCUAUCUUUUCUAUAGUUUUUAUCUUUUCCACAUUUUUUUUCAAUCGUUUGUUUGUUUGUUGUUGUACAGCAAAAGUGAUUUUGUAGGUUAUUCAGUUUUAAUCGUUUGCUUUGUAAAGUCAUCAAAUCUUAAAUUUCAAUCAUUUAGUCCAAAAUAAAUGUUGUUGAUCACUUG